GUUUUUACUUUUACUUCAGAAAGUUUCAUAUGCAGUACUUUCACUGUAGUGGAGUAAAUUCUCAGUGUGUAUUGUGCUUUUCCUGCAUUAAAGUAAUCUGAUUACUCCCCCUCUGUCUAACACAGCGCAGUACCGAACUCUGCGGUUUCCGAGCUCCGUGAGUGUCCCUGAAGUAGAAGAAAACUUGGUCAACAAGCCGCCGCUCGGCCCGGGACCCAGUUCGCUCCGACCGACGAACCGCCGUUCAACCCAACACAACUCGGUAAAGUCCGCCAGAGACCCAUUUCUACCGAGUUAUACCGAGCAGCAGCGGGACCAGAGCCAGAGGACCCGGUGAACCGGCAGAGAGCGGAGCCUUGGACCCGCGCAGCGAGGCUCCAUGUGGGCAGAUUAACUAACAAAGAGCCGCUCUCUGCCUCCCCGCGCUGCUCCCGCCGCUUCUAGCGCCGUUUGCCCCGGGCUUCGGUCCGCAUCUCACACCGGGGUUUGGUUUGUCCGGUGUCUCCGGGACCCGGUUUACCUCCUUUUCUCAGGAUGCCGCUCCUCCACAGAAAAGCCUUCAUCCGGCAGAAAGCUCCGGAGGACCUGAAGCCGGACGAGGAGGUCUUCCUCUGCAAGAUCACACACGAGAUCUUCAGGAGCUACGACGAGUUCUUCGAGCGGACCAUCCUGUGUAACAGCCUGGUAUGGAGCUGUGCUCUGACGGGCCGUGCGGGCCUCACCUACCUGGAGGCGGUGGAGAGCGAGCGGCAUGCGAAGCAGAGUCUGCAGAGCUUCUCUCCAUCGCUGCUCGUCCCGCUGCUCCACCUCGCCGCUCUGAGCCGCCGCGGCCGACUGACGGAGCUCUGCGAGGACGUCUACGCCUUUGUCAAAGAUCGCUUCUUCCCCGGAGAGAGGGUGGAUGUCAUGGGACGCAAUGGGGCCAGACAUGUGUGUGAGAUCCUGCAGGUCCACUCUCCUCAGUCCAGCACCAACGGGGCUCAGAGCUCUAACGGCCACGCCAAACUGGCCGACGACACAAUCGUCAUCAGCGACAGCGACGACGACAGCAAAGUGUUGCAGAGUCCCACAGCACAACUCAAUGGUAGGAAGAAGAAGAAGUCUCUUAGUCCAUCUGUGUUUAAAUACACGGUGAAGAUGAUGGACGGACACAACGAGCCGUUCACUGUGAAAGCCAAUCAGAUCAGUCGCAGGAAGUCCAGCGUGUCCAGAGAGAGACUGAAGCUGCUGUUCAAACAACACUGUGAACCUCAGAACGGCUUCAUCACACUCAAGGCCUCCACGGUGAUGAAGUAUGGUUUGUCUGAACAAACAUUCUCUCAGUUCUUCCCUGAUGAGCCCCCUCUCUUCCCCUUCAGCCCGCCCUCUAAAGGUGGGGGGCGGGGCUCACCUGGACAGGUGAGUCUGAGCUCCUUAAAGCGACAGGUCUCCUGCCGAGUGUCGGCAGUCGGAGCUAAUGUGUCCGUUUGUCUGCAGGUGAGCUCGGCGCUGCUGAAGGCGGCGGUGGCGGAGGAGAAGCUGAAGCUGCUGCAGCAGAAGGAGGACAUGGCGACGGCGGCAAGGGACAAGGCUCGUCUGAAGAGGGAGAAGGAGGAGGUGCAGGAGGCCAAGAGGAGGGAGAGGGAGGACAGGGAGAGGCUGAAGGAGGAGCACAGGAGGAGGUUCGAACAGGAGAAACAGAGGAGGAGGCAGGAGAAGGAGCGCAGGAAGCUGGAGAGGGACCAGGAGCGAGAGAAGCUGAAGGAGGAGAAGAAGCGAUAUGCCGAGCGUCUGAAGCUGUGGAACAAACCCAGAGAGGACAUGGAGUGUGAAGACCUGAAGGAGCUGCCCAGUCCGGUUCCUGUGAGAACCCGUCUUCCCGCCGAGCUGUUUGGCGAGGCGCUGAUGGUCCUGGAGUUCCUGCGGGCAUUCGGCGAGCUCUUCGGCCUGAAGGACGAGUUCCCUGAUGGCGUCACCCUGGAGGUCCUGGAGGAGGCUCUGGUGGGCUCCGACCCUGAGGGGCCGCUCUGUGAGCUGCUCUUCUUCUUCCUGUCCGCCAUCUUCCAGGCGCUGGACGAAGAGCAGGAGGAUGCCAAGGACACGGCCGAAGACCUGUCUGAGGUUCUGGAUGAGGACCUUGAGGUGACCCGGUCUGCGGUGAGCGCUGUGGCGUCCCUGGCGGCGGCGUGGCCUCAGCUGUACCAGGGCUGCAGCCUGAAGCAGCUGGACCUGGACAGCUGCACGCUGUCAGAGAUCCUGCGGCUGCAUAUCCUGGCGUCCGGCGCCGACUGUUACCACGGCAACGCCAAGCUGCGCUACCAGAAGCAGGGCGCCUUCACGCUGACCGACGACCCGUGUGUCGAGCUGCGAUUGGCUGAGCCGGCGCUGCUGAAGAGGCUGACGAGCACCGCCGUGUACGAUCUCACGCCAGGGGAGAAGCUGAGGAUCCUGGAGGCUUUGCUGGGGAAGCUGCUCACUCUUGAGUCCAGCAGAGAUCUGAUCGAAGACUGUGUGGAGGAGCAACGAGCCGCCAGGCAGGAACUGAGAGAGAUCAGAGCAGAACAACACCGGAGAGACCGCGAGGAGGCCGCACACAGAGUUCGUCUCCGUAAAGAGGAGAAGCUGAGGGAGCAGGAACUGAGGCUGAAGGAAAAGGAGGAGAGACUGAAGGAGCAGGAGGAGAAACUGAAGGAGCAGGAGGCGAAGGGAGGACUCCAGACUAACAGUGAUCAACACACUGAGGAACACGAAGAGCAAAACUCAUCAUCCGGCAAGAAGUUGAAAGCUGAACUCAGCCAGAAGGACAAACAGACGACCUCUGACCCCAGACCGGUGCCGUGCGCGCCCACAGGCCUGAGCGUGGAGGAGCAGGAGCGAGAGCAGGAGAAGGUUCGAGAGUUGCAGGAGCGGAUCCAGAAGGCGGCAGCCUGCACCUGCCUGCUGCCGCUGGGCCGGGACCGCCUGUACCGCCGCUACUGGCUCCUCCCUUCGGCCUCCACGCUGUUCGUAGAGGACGACUGCUUCGGCCUGACGGAGGACAUGCUGCAGCCCAACCCCAAACCUGAACACGCCGCCACCAAGGCAGAGGACGAGGAGGCGGUGAAGGAGGAGCCGGCUGAGGGGGGCUCUGGCUCAAGCCCCGCCCCCCUCCACACCUGCGGGCAGCCCGUCAAACGUCCCAACCAAUGGUCCUUCUACUCCUCAGUGGAGGAGGUGGACCAGCUGAUUGAGGCGCUUAACCCCCGAGGCCACAGAGAGAGCAGCCUGAAGGAGGCGCUGCUGCAGGAAAGGGAGCGGCUGACACACCUGCUGCAGGGCGGAGAUCGCAACACCUACUGCUACACAGAUGAUCCGGAGUCAUCCCAAUCCGUCCCAGAAUGUACUGCAGCAGCCGAGACUCUAAUGGAGGGCAGACUGAGAGACCUGCUGCUGGAUAUUGAGGACAGAAUCCACCAGGGGACUCUGGGAACUCUGAAGGUGAUGGACAGACAGGUGUGGCGCACAGCACUGGAAGCAGGAAACUACGAGCUGCUGUGUUCAGACGGGAGAGAGAACGGAGGAGUGGAGGACAUGGAGGUGGACUCACCUGCACACCUGAGAGCCAGAGACAGGCUACAGGAGCUAAAGGCGUGCAGCGUGGCGGCGUGCAGCGGCAGCGGGACGCCUCAGGCCGUCAGCAGCUCGGUGCGGGUCUUGGCUCAGGCCUUGGGUCACAUCGAGCAGGGCAUCGAGAGACGCUUCCUGAAGGUGCCGCUGGGUGACGAAGAUUCAAAGAAAGAGAAGACGAGGAAGAACAAGAAGAAAGACGAAGACCAGGACAGUGACGACGGCAGUGACAGCGGGCGAGUCAGCAAGACUGUGUUGGAGCGAUGGAGAGAGUCUCUGCAGUCCUGCUCCAGUCUGUCUCAGGUGUUCAUCCACCUGUCCAGUCUGGAGCGAAGUGUCCUCUGGUCCCGCUCCGUCCUCAACGCUCGCUGCCGCAUCUGCAGACGCAAAGGAGACGCAGACAACAUGCUGCUAUGUGACGGCUGCGAUCGCGGACACCACACUCACUGCCUGAGGCCCCGCCUCAAGGCGGUUCCGGAGGGGGACUGGUUCUGUCCAGACUGUCGACCCAAACAGAGAACCAGUCGCGUCCCGUCUCGCCAGCGCUCCUCUAUUGAAGAGGAGGAAGAGGAGGAGGAUGAAGAACAGGAAGAGGAGGAGGAGGAAGAAGAGGAGGAGUCAGAAGAGGAGGAGUCGGAGGAAGAGGAGGAGUCAGAGGAGGAGGAGGAGCAGGAGGAAGUGGUGAGUGCCAAGAAGAGCCCGGCCCCACCCCCUAAAGGCAGGAGUCAGCAGGCCACGCCUAAAGCUCAACAAGCCCCGCCCCCUAAAGGCAAAAGUCAACAGGCCACGCCCAAGAACAGCGCCGCCACCUCAGCUGGGAAAAACACAUCAGCCUCCAAGUCCUCAGGUAAGAAGGCUACGCCCCCCACAACGAAGGCCAGCAGCUCUGCAGGUAAAGCUCCGCCCCGAUCCGGGAGCCGCAGCAGCGCUCGUCUGAGCCACGAGAUCCUGGCUCCAAACGUCAACAACAAAACUUCACCUGGUCAGAGCAAGAGACCCACAGACGUGGCUCCGCCCUCUCUGAAGCCCUGUAGACCCGUCCUUCCCCCCUCCUCCUCGUCCAGCCGCCGUUCCUCUGGUAGGAACCACGGUGUCCAUGAGCUGUCGGCCUGCGAGCAGCUGACGGUGGAGCUGGUCCGACACGAGGACAGCUGGCCCUUCAUGAAGCUGGUGUCCAGGACUCAGGUUCCUGACUACUAUGACAUCAUAAAGAACCCGAUUGCCCUGAGCACCAUCAGAGAGAAAGUCAACAACUGUGAAUACCAGACAGCAGGUGAGUUUGUGCGUGACGUGGACCUGAUGUUCUCCAACUGUCUGCAGUAUAAUCCUCGCCACACUAACGAGGCGAAGGCGGGGCUUCGUCUGCAGCACUUCUUCCACUCGGAGCUUGAGCGUCUCGGCCUAUCAGAGCGUGGCACCGCCCCGCCCGCCAAACGCUCCCGACACUGAACCCGAUGCACCUCGCCGCCGUCCACUCAGCUGAUCGCUCCAUCAUGACCUAUGACCCCCUUGACCCUGUCGGUCUGAAUCAUCUGACAAUCAGCAACGUGACUGCAGGGGUCAAUGGUCACGAACAGCAGCCCUCACUCACCUGGUCUGUUUAUAAUUAACUUCAAUUAAUUAAUGAUAAAACCAGAUCACAUGACCACAUGGUCACAUGACCCAGAGCUUCUCUCUCUGAGUUCACAAAACUGUAGAAAAGUUGAGUAGACUUCUUUACAUUCGGGACAUUUCCUCCCUUGUGUCUCGUGUUGGAGGACAGACGGUGGACAUGUAGCAGACAUUCCUGUGGUGCUGUAGGACAGUGGAGACAGACAGACAGACAGACAGACAGUAGAGACAGACUGACAGUAGAGACAAACAGACACACAGACAGUAGAGACAGACAGACACACAGACAGACAGUAGAGACAGACAGACAGUAGAACCCACACAGUUAGAAAAGUAAAGACCACUAAAUAAAGUUCAGCUGAGCACAGACAGACAGAAAGACAGACAGACAGGUGUCCCUCAGUCUGUCCUCUCUCAGGGACAUGUUGGUUUGGGUGCAGCAGUCUCCAGGUUUCAGGCUGAAUAUUGAUUGAUUGAAAUGUAAGUUUCUGUUUGUGUGAAAGUUUAAAAAUCAGUUUGAAUAAAUAAAUAAAUAAAAUGUCUCUGACGACACUCUGCUGUUUGUUAAUGAUCCUUAAAGGGACAAACAGGAUUAGUUUAGCUUAGCAUAGACGCAUCAGAUAGCCUCUCCUGUUGGACUGUCCCUUUAAGACCUGAGCCUCGGGGCCUCUGGGAUUUGUAGUUUUUCUAUUUUUGACUACUGCGUUAACGUUUUCCUGCUUUAGGCUGAUCCACACCUUCUUCUGUGGUGUUAGUGUGACUGCUGCAGCUCAGUCAGAGCGUGUGUGUGUGUGUCUGUCUGUCUCACUCAGUGUGUGUGUUUGUGUCCGUCUCAAUGUGUGUGAGUCUCUGUCUCUGUGUGUGCGUUUGUGUGUGUCCAUCUGUCUCAGUGUGAGUGUGUGUGUGUGCAGCUGUAUACUACACUGGAGUUGCUGCAUAUUUAUUUAGUUGUUUGUCUUUUUUCUUUAUUUAUGACUGAUAGAAGCUUUUUGAUGCUGUUUGUUCUCUUGUAAAAAAUAAAUAAACUUUUAUAACCAGCUGGA